AGAGGCAAGAGGUCGACGACGCCGCGCCAAACUUGAUUCCACUGCCUUUUACGCGCGAAAUGAGGUGCUUUCUGGACAACCUGUUCGCGAUUUAGUGGUACGAACGGAAAUUGCGCGUGCAUUUGGACCAAACGUGAAACCAGACGACCAUCUCUUUUGGCACAAUGGAGAUCUGUAACCUGCGUCUUUUUAGCCCACCGUGCGCGAACAAUCGCUUCCAGAGGGUCUUUCAGAGGACUUUCCAUCUCUCCAUCUACUUUUAAGACAUGCUGCGUUUUAAUCAGACUUUUUGCACACACGUUUCCCAGUAUUAAAUAGAAAUGCAGCGACGUUGUGUGGUGAGAAGCUCGGCCGGAUUAUCCGCGUUGCGCUCCUGCCUGCUGCUGCUCUUCAUCCACAUGAGCGCACCGGUUGAGGCGAGGAGAGUGCGCAGUGGUAGGGCGCAAACUCGGCGGGUGCAGCAGCAACAACAGCAGCAAGCUCCGGUGUACAGGGAGAGAGUGGACGGACCAGAAAGUUUCCCGUUAGAUUUUACAGCAGUGGAGAGCAACAUGGACAACUUCAUGGUACAGAUUAAAAAUUUGGCGCAAUCAUUGUAUCCGUGCUCUGCGCAAAAGCUGGACCAAGACAUGAAGCUGCAUUUCUUGAAGAAUACAUCCGUGACUUGCAAUGACGGUUCUCCUGCUGGGUACUACAUCAAGGAGUCUAAAGGCAGCAGGAGAUGGCUAUUGUUCUUGGAAGGUGGAUGGUACUGUUUCAACAGACAGACCUGUGACAGCAGGUUUGAGACAAUGAGGAGACUAAUGAGCUCCACCAAGUGGCUGCAAACCAGAAAAGGAACUGGAAUUAUGUCUCCACAGCCAGAGGAAAACCCUCACUGGUGGAAUGCCAACAUGGUGUUUAUCCCUUACUGCUCAAGCGAUGUAUGGAGUGGAGCAACCCCAAAAACAGAUCCUAGUGAUUAUGCGUUCAUGGGCUCUCUGAUCAUUAAGGAAGUGGUGAAUGAGCUGCUGACAAAAGGUCUGCAGAAUGCCAAGGUUCUGCUUCUGGCUGGGAGCAGUGCGGGUGGCACAGGAGUCCUGCUGAAUGUGGACCAUGUUGCAGAGCAGCUGGAGUCACAGGGCUACAAGGGGGUGCAGGUUAGGGGCUUGGCUGACUCUGGAUGGUUCCUGGACAACAAACAGUUUAAAUUCACUGACUGCCAGGAUACCAUCAGCUGUGCCCCCACUGAGGCCAUCAAGAGGGGCAUCAGGUACUGGGGAGGACUGGUGCCAGAAAGCUGCAGACAGGCUCAUGUGGGAGAGGAGUGGAACUGUUUCUUUGGAUAUAAAGUCUACCCAACAUUAAAAAGCCCAGUGUUUGUGGUGCAGUGGCUUUUUGACGAAGCUCAGCUGACAGUCGAUAACAUCCACCUGACCGGACAGCCUGUCCACGAGGGUCAGUGGAGAUAUAUACAGAGUCUGGGGCAGGAGCUGAGGACCACACUCCGUGACGUACCCUCGAUGUUUGCUCCAGCUUGUCUCUCCCAUGAACUCAUUACUAGAACAUACUGGAUGGAUAUUCAGGUGAAAGGCACCUCCCUGCCCAGAGCCCUCCACUGCUGGGACCGCAGUCUCCAAGGCAACCUCCACAUCAACAGCAGCCAUGGCAACCACAGCCACCAAAAACACAAGAUGGCUCCUAUGAGAGGAUGUCCCCAGCAUCUGAUUGACAGCUGCCCAUGGCCACACUGCAACCCCUCCUGCCCAACCAUCAGAGACCAGCUGACGGGACAAGAGAUGAGCGUGAUCCAAUUCCUAAAGCACAUGGGCUUUGAUGUGGAGAAGAUGGCUCAACAGCAGGGGAUGGACCCCAGAAAGCUGCUGGGCAUGCUCAGUAAUGGAAGCUGAGCUGCAUUUUAAGAAACUGCUGUUAUAUUGUGUAGAAGCCAGCCUGCAUGAGAAACUGAAUGUCAGAGGAAGAAAACUCAAGAGACAUGCGCUUACAUUUACAGACAGGAACUGAGUAACUUGAACUCUAACAAGUGCCUCACCAAUUCUGAAGUCACUGCCGAGUCACAUACAAACCAGAAGGUUUGAGCCAUUUAAAUGUAUAGCAUCAAAAUUAGAUAUACAGAUAUGUUAUUACUCUAAGAAACUGGAUACCAUGAGUCUUGUAUAUAAAGUGAUAUGUACUGAAUAAUGACGUGCAGGUGAGAGAAUCAUGAUGGUUGUCUACAGCAGUCUUUUAAUAGGAAAGCACAAAACUGAAAACAACUCGUUUCUUAUGUGGAUUUUUCCUUCAUGUGAGGAGGACUUUAUUUUUGAGGGAUUUUGGUAAUCUCUGUCAACUCUUUAAAAAAUAUAUAUAUUUAGAGACCCAUUUAUGGUGCUGGUGUCUCUAUCCACUACCAAAUAUGCUGCUUUUUCUCUUUUCUUAGAAAUAAUAAUUUAAUGGGUAAUAUUUACUAAUAAAAUGAAUAAAAUGUUUGCUUUGUUUUUCAAGUGGUGGUUAAAUACUUUAUUUUUUUACUGAAAGUAUCUAGUAUAUUGCAUUUAACUGUCAACUGAUAGUUAACCACAAAGACAACAAUGAAUUUGACUUUUUUCAUUGCGUAUUUAAAAAAAAAAAAAGUUUGUU